UGGGAAAUAGGAACAUUUCUACUCGAGUAAUAGGCUUUGCUCCAAGGGAAAAUCGGAAAAAAUUUACUUGUAAACAUUUUCAAAAAUGUAGUCAAGAGAUAAUGGAGGAGGUUUCCAAUACCGAUGUUGAGAAGGUGGAAACAAGUACGCCAGUAACAAGAACCAGAAAAAAGGUAGAGUCCCCUACAGAAUCUGGAGAAGGUCCUGUGACCCUCAGUUCUCAAGAAGUGUUACUCAGCACACACACGUAUACUUCACCAGAUGAUGUGCAUUCCAUCGGCACUAAUGAAGAUGUAAUACCAGACACUGUUUCCGAAUCACGUUCAUUACUUGUAUACGAUAAAUGCAAACCUGAAGAUGCUAAAAUAGAUGAUAAACAUGGUGGAGUAAACCUAGAUAGCUCCGGAAUCUCUGGAGAUAUAUCUCGUGGGAACCGAAUGAGUGCAGAUUCAAUGGAAUCGGAACUCAAUUCUGAUUUUAGUGGGGAGUUUUCAGAUAAUUGUGUAAGGAACUCGACGAAGAAAAAAAGAGAGUUAACUGAAACAGACGAUAGAGAAGACCCCGAAGAAGAGUUUAGGAAACAUUUUCUGAAAACGUUUCAGGACUUGCCUAGAAUAUCACAAAUCUCGCUAGACGAAAACCACAUAAAACCGCCAACAGAAAGAAACCAGAAAGCCGAAAUAGAUACAGAAAUGCAAAAUACUUCCAAUGAAGAUAUGGUAACGAUACCCACAAAUAUAUCAAAAAGUGAUGCAGCCAAAAAUGAGGAGCCGGAAAAAAAUAUAGCAGAAAACAUCGAAACAAACUUCCUUCAAAAUAGUGAUAUACAAGAAAAAGAGAAUGCCGAUGAAAUGCCUUCCUCCUCAAAUAAAAACAUGUAAAAGCAAAAAGAAUAUAAUAUAAUAAUUUAAGAUUUAGCCAAUUUGUCCGUAUUUAUAUCUUUGGCAUAACAAUUUCAGUAAUCUGGCCAUAAAAACGUAAAAAAUGAUUCAAAUUGUAAAUGCCA